AUGAGCACAGGCAGGUCACUCAGAACUUCAUCCUGUAUGUUGGGUGAGGACAACGUGACGGGGGUCCAGUCCCAGGGCCUGGUCCUGCAGCCCGCCUGGGACUACCUCCACCGGAACCACCACGACCUCCUGAGGAGCCCUCUGUUCCCCGUGGUCCUCUCCGUCACCUCCUACUUCCUCCUGGUGGGUCUUUACACCCUCCUCGACCUGCUGGCGCCCACCUGGCCCUGCAUCAACCGCCACCGGCUCCACCCAGACCGACCCGUCACCUGGCCUAACAUCUGGACCACCCUGGGCGUCACUGUCUACAACCACCUGCUGUACAUCUUCCCCGCCGCCGUCGCCCAGUGGCUGUGGAGGCCGCCCACCCCGCUGCCCUGCGAGGCGCCCACUCUCUGGAGCUUCUUCCUGGGCAUCCUGGGCUGCACGGUGGUCUUCGACUUCCAGUACUACCUGUGGCACCUGCUGCACCACCGGGUCCCGUGGUUGUACCGCACGUUCCACGCCGUGCACCACCAGUACAACCAGUCCUUCAGCCUCGUCACCCAGCACCUGUCCGGGUGGGAGUUGUUCAGCGUGGGGUUCUGGGCCACAGUGGACCCGGUCCUGCUCCGGUGCCACUGCCUCACAACGUGGGCCUUCAUGGUCUUCAACAUCUACAUUUCCACAGAGGACCACUGCGGCUACGACUUCCCGUGGGCCAUGCAUAACCUGGUGCCCUUCGGCCUGUGGGGCGGUGCACCAAAGCACGACGCCCACCACCAGCGGCCCAGCACCAACUUCGCCCCGUUCUUCUCCCACUGGGACUGGAUGGGGGGCACCCACUCUGAGCCGACUCCCACCGACCACGCUGCAAAGGAGGAACCGUCCGAGACCAAAGGGAGAAACGACUAA